UUAUUUUUUUUUUGGACAAAGAUCUGGUCUCGAUAAAUAAGGGGACGCAGGUGAAGCCUGAAGGGGGAUUGUCGAUCUUUGUCUCAGCGACUGAAGUCGUCAACGGGGUGGGAGGAAGGGAAGUAGAGACAGCGAAUCCAUGGCGGGCCCUUCGCGGAAGAUUUCGGCGGCAUCAGCUCGAUCUCACACUCGGAAGAAGGCGCGCGGUGGUUCCUCUUUCUUCCAUCGAGGAAUGUUGAAGACACUUUCAUCUGUUCUAUUCAUUGGCAUAAUAGCCUGGUCAUAUCAAGCAAUUCAGCCUCCACCUGCUAAGAUUUGUGGUUCCCAAGAUGACCCUCGUGUUACUGCACCCAGAAUUAAACUCAAAGAUGGAAGGCAUUUGGCCUACUUGGAGAAUGGUGUUCCAAAGGAAACUGCCAAAUACAAGAUUGUGUUCAUCCAUGGUUUUGACUGUUGCAGAUAUGACAUCUUCUCAAUAUCUCCAGCACUGAUUGAAGAACUAGGGAUUUAUCUACUGUCAUUUGAUAGAGCUGGAUAUGGAGAGAGUGACCCUAACCCAAAGAUGACAGAAAAAAGCACUGCAUUAGAUAUUGAAGAGCUGGCAGAUCAGUUAGGACUUGGAACCCAAUUUUUUGUAAUUGGGUUUUCAAUGGGAGGAGAGAUUGCUUGGACCACUCUUAAGUACAUUCCACACAGGCUUGCUGGAGCUGCAAUUGUCGCCCCUGCUUUCAAUUACUGGUGGCAUGGUUUUCCUUCCAAUUUAACUACAGAAGCUUAUAACCUGUUGUUCCCACAAGAUAAAUGGGCACUUCGAGUAACUCAUUAUGCUCCUUGGUUAACAUACUGGUGGAACACUCAAAAAUGGUUUCCUGGAUCAAGUCUUAUAUAUAAACGUACUGAUAGUCUUUCACCUUCAGAUCUAAAGGUUUCACCAAAACUUGCAUCUAGAGAAAAAUAUAGGGCAGAAAUAAGGCAGCAAGGAGAAUAUGUCUCUCUUCAUCGUGACCUGAUGCUUGGCUUCCAGUGUUGGGAGUUUAGCCCAUUGGAACUCGAUAACCCCUUUCCUAAUAAUGAAGGAUCUGUUCACUUGUGGCAUGGCGUAGAGGAUCGCAUUGUGCCAGUGAUGUUAUCACGAUACAUCAGCCAAAAGCUAUCCUGGGUUCACUACCAUGAGCUUCCAGAUGCAGGCCAUAUGUUCCCUGUCGCAGACGGCAUGAGUGAUGCUAUCGUUAAGGCUCUUUUGCUGGGAAACAAUUAACUUUUGCACAUCUCCAGAGUCGAUUUCAAUUUCCUUUCAUGUCAAAAAGUUAAAAUGGUGAGCAGUCCAAUUUCCCAUAUCACUAGUAAAUGUAUUUGUUUUCAGGGUGUUAAUUACUGUAAAAUAUUGCCCAGAAAAAAAGACAAAUUUUGGAGAAUGACUGGAUUAUUUUUA